AUGUCGCCCAGACUCAAGCCUUUACUCCUCCCACAGCUUGUAGAAGAGCGCCGGAAGUUCGAGGAACAGCACCCCGAUCUUGCGGAAGCCGAAAUGGACCACCAGUAUGUCUACUACACAGCAAACUCGUCAUCAUCCGACGUCGCCUCUCCCGUCACCCCAACGUUCUCGACCCGCGGACAUCUCCGCUACUCAAGCUCUACAUCAUCAAUUGACCUCCCGCCAACAUGCUGCAAUGACAGCCCAGCAUCACCAACGUCAACCUCCCAUUCCAAGUCCUCCAAGCGCCCUCUUCCGGAUGUGCAGGAGGAACCUGUAGAACGUGAUGAGCUUGACGAGAGCACAAUUCUAGCUGAGCAGUUCGACCUCUACGACUGUUUGUGUGAUGAGCCAUGCAUCCACCACGGUUACGAGAGCGCCGAGACGCUCCACAGUGUCUACCCUGCUGACUUCGACAUUGACUACGACCUGGGCUUUGGAAGCGACACCGACUAUUCUUCGACUUUGGAGAGGAAGCGGACCGGAACCGAAUCGCCAUUCUCUGGCUUGGCUACCCGCAUCGGAACCCGCUUUCCUCAACUGUCUCGGUGGAAGUCUACAAAGCGGUCGCAAUUGACUGCCUCGCCAACGACUGAGCUGACGUUUGAGACUGCUCACCCUGUCACCUCUAGGGCUGCGUCGAGCCGAUCGUCUUCACUCUCCGGGCCCUCCCGCCACAUGAACGAGCCCUCGAUCCCUACCCCUGCGACUUCGUUUUGGGAAAGCAGUGAGAGCGUGGAUGGCCCCGCUCCCAUUGACAUCGAAAAGGCCAACGAGAGGGAAAGCAUUGAACGCGACCGCGCACUGGCUUCGACACCUCUCCUCCCUCCUCUCCUCAACACGCCUCCAACCGAAGUCCCGCAGCCUAGCCCUCUCCAGUCUCCCACAGUCGCACCAACCAUCCUGUCUAUGGACGUUCCCUCAACUCAGUCAUUGGCCCACGUUGUGACACCCUCUCUCAGCACGAGGCCCUCGGUCUCCUCCUUCCGCCACGCUCAGUCGAGUCAGGAACUGCCCAUUGGCUUCCCAUCCAUCUUGCAAGACCAUGAUGAGUGGUCAGACCGGCUUGGUCACGCGAACUUUAGCAUUGCACCUCAACCAUACGAACCUGAAGAGGCCAACAUGGAGUCACUCCGUCUUCUGCGCGCCGACUGGGAAGCCGCUCGUGUUAACUACACCAAGCACCUCGUCCGAACCGGCGAGAACUACGGCGAGACUUCCAAGAUCUACGCCCUCACUGAGGCAAAGUGGUCGGAGAUUGAGAAGAGCUGGCGCGCUUUCCACGAGCAGACGAUGGAGCGCAUUGUCGCAGGCAGCAAGGCCAGCGCUCAGCGACCUGAAGCUCCCCGCAGCCGAAGCCGUGGGCGCGGUCGCGCGGGCAGCGGCGGCUCUGCCAUUCUGCGCCGCCCCACCAACGACGAUGUCUUUGCUAGUGAGCAAUGGCGGCGUUUGGAGGACGGCCUGCCAACCACGAUGCCUCGCCUUGUCGACGCCGAGGGCAAGUUCCCAGAGCGCGGAGACGAGGACAUUGUCGGACCUAUGGAGCGCGACACGAAGAUGAUCCGCGCUGGAAGCGAGGAGCGCAAGAGCAGUCGAUUCUGGCGCAACCUGGCUGGAAAGGUUGGCCUCCGAAAGUGA